AUGGCUGAAGCAUAUUACAAGUCUUUAUCGGCCACUAUCUCCAUGCGCACUGGCAUCAAGUGGAUCGUAAAAGGAACUCAGUACACGCAUUAUGGUUUUACUCCCCGAGGUCAUACGAUCUUGUUUGAUCGUCUGAAACCAGCCGCUAACAUACACAAAGGUAUGGCAAAAGCGGUAGCAGACACACAGGGCGAAAAUCAAGCUGGCUUUGCAUUUGACACCGAAACGGUCACUGGCUUCUCACAUACCCAUGACUCCGGGACGGGGGGUUCGCCAUCUAUGGGGAAUUUUCCUAUAUUCGCACAGCCUAAUUGCCCAGACGAUGACCUCAACCAGUGUAAAUGGCAACAAAACGAUCGCGCAGUCGCGUGGGUACGAGAUUCCCCCAAGGCAAGACCAGGCUACUUUAGCAUCGCUAUGGAAAAUGGUGUACAAGCUGAGAUGACGGUGACAAACCACUCGGCAUUAUACCGAUUUACUUUCAACAAUGUCCCCACAGAGUCGCUCAGUCCAGUGAUUCUGGUUGAUCUCAUGGACCUGCCCCAAUCGCGAAAGGGCGGCAUAGCCUCAGUUGAUUCUUCUGGGCGCUUGACUGGGAACGCAACAUUCAACCCGAGUUUCGGUAUUGGGUCGUAUGAACUCCAUUUCUGUGUAGACUUCAAGGGUGGCGAUAUCCGCGACACAGGGACAUGGGUCAAAAAUCGGGCUAAUUCCAGUCAGAAGACUGUCAGUCUUGUCGAAGACGGGAGCAAUACCCCAGCCACCCUUUCAGCUGGUACAUUCGCGAGGUUUCAUACAUUGCGAGACAAUACCAUCACUGCGCGUGUUGGUGUCAGUUUCAUGAGUGUUGAACAGGCGUGCUCCAACGUAGAGACGGAGCUGCCCAAUUUCGACUUCGCUAACACAGUGUCUGCAGCUGAAUCUGCCUGGAGAGAUAAACUGAAUGUAAUAAGUGUUAAUGCAGAAGGCAUCUCAUCCGACUUACAGAAGGUUUUCUGGAGUGGUGCGUAUCGAGCCAUGAUUAGCCCGCAGGAUUACACGGGAGAGAAUCCUCUUUGGAAAAGUGAAGAACCGUAUUACGACAGCUUCUAUUGGAGCCUGGUUGACAUUUACCGCCAUGAAGGCUACUUACCUGACUGCCGUAUGUCUCUUUGCAAGGGGUACACUCAAGGAGGGUCUAAUGCAGACGUUCUCAUCGCCGAUGCGUUUUUGAAGAAUGUCAGCGAUGUCGAUUGGGACACAGCAUAUGAGGCCAUUGUAAAAGAUGCGGAGGUUGAACCUGCGAAUUGGGGUGUCGAAGGGCGCGGUGGUCUUCGGAGCUGGAAGGGACUAGGUUAUAUCCCUACGGAUGACUACGACCCUGAUGGCUCAGGGCUACACACACGCAGUAUUUCGAGAACCGUCGAAUAUGCAUACAAUGACUUCUGCAUCGCUGAAGUGGCUAAGCGAAUGGGCCAUGACAGUGACUAUGAGAAAUACCUCAUGCGAGCUUCUAACUGGCAAAAUAUGUUCAAGGAUGAUCAAAGAUCUACAAUCAACGGUGUGGAUACAGGUUAUGUGGGCUUCAUGCAGCCUCGCUAUCUGAACGGGACAUGGGGAUAUCAGGACCCAAUCUUCUGCAGUCCACUGAUGAACUUUACAUCUUGCUACCUGAACCCAGAUGGGCACGAAACAUAUGAAGGAAGCUCCUGGCUCUAUACAUUUUAUGCACCUCAGGAUAUGAGUCUACUGAUAAAGCGACUGGGCGGCGCUCAGCUCUUUACAUCUCGACUGAACUACCUACACGAUUCGGGUAUACUUUAUGUUGGUGAUGAGCAGGCCUUUCUUACCGUUUUCCAGUUCCACUAUGCUGGUCGUCCGGCACUCUCGGCGGCGCGUUCCCACUUUUACAUCCCGUCUCAAUUCAAUACAUCCGUCUCUGGCAUCCCCGGAAACGACGACGGUGGAGCGAUGGGCUCUUUCGCUGUGUUAAGCAUGAUGGGCCUCUUCCCAGUCCAUGGACAGGAUGUCUAUCUGAUCACCCCACCAUUCUUCAAAGAGAUCAGUAUCCGGAACAGCGUUACCGGCGCGGUUGCCACAAUUCGCAACCUCAACUUCGAUCCUACUUAUAAGGCCAUCUAUAUACAGAGUGCUACACGGGAUGGUAAGCCGUGGACGAAGAAUUGGAUUGGUCAUGACUUUUUCAACCAGGGUGGUGUGCUUGAGCUCGAGCUGGGUUUGACGGAAAGUGCUUGGGGGACGCAGAAUGAGGAUCUUCCUCCCAGUAUGAGUCACUACUAA